AGAAAAAGCCAUUGCCAUCUGAUAUCAUCGUGUACCUUAUCGUCGAUAAAACAUAAAAAUGGGUCAGUUCGUGAACAUGCACGGAUAAAGAAGAGUGCGCUCUCUCAUGGCAUCUUCAAUGCUUGGGUUCUCUCUUAUUCAUUCUCUGCCCUCUCGUACACUUUGGGUCACUUCAGGUUUUUUAAACCACCCUUUCUUAAAGUCGCAUGUCUCAACAGUUUCAUCUUCAUCCUCCAACCACAUCAACCAGCUGAAGCUCAAGCAAUUUCCACUACCACGAGCAUCCUCUUCCGAAGGAGCCUCUAGUGAGUUAAUUGAAGAUUCGAAAUUUGUACCUUUGAAUGCUGAUGAUCCCAUAUAUGGUCCACCUGCUUUAUUAUUAUUGGGCUUUGAAGUGGAGGAAACUGUGAAGAUGCAGCAACUUUUGAAAGAGUUGGAUGGCGAAUUCCUGCAGGUUAUCUUCUGUACUGAAGACAUGAUUACUAGUUCCUUAUGGGAAGCAAUGCAUACAAGGCAAACUCAUUUGGAAACAGUAAAGGUAGCCAAGUCACUACCACGGAUCUGCUUCUUAUCUGGUCUUAGUGGAGAGGAGAUGAUGAUGUUUAUUGAUGCUUUUCCUGAAACUGGACUAGAGCCAGCUGUAUUUGCAGCUCUUGUUCCCAACAGUGCUGAUAAACCACUGCAGGAGUUGAUAGAAGAGAUUAUGGGUGACCAUGAAAUGAUGACUGCAAAUCAAUCCAGGUCGACUUAGUCAUAUGAAAAUCAGAUGCUUGCAAGAGUAUUGCUUCUCUUCAUGAGAUUGAUUUUUAACUGUUAGUGGAUCAUCCGGUUUUCCAUUCAAAAUAACACAUUCUGUUGUAUUGGAAACAAAGGCAUAUGUAAGUAUGAAUGCUCUUGCUCGUAGGUCCUGCAAACUUCCAAUGUUAUCAGAAUCUUCACCAUGGUGUUAGUACCCACCAUGCAUGUGUUUAAAAAAAAAAAUAGCAGUAGUUGGCAGUUGCAAUGGCUAUCU